AUACUGCCCGAGCCCGGGCGGGGUCUCUGUUCUCUGGCAGACGAGGUCCCUUGGCAGCGGGAAGCUCCCUCUCUUUCUCUCGCCGCCGCUCCGAGUCUGCGCCCUGGUGCCAGGCGCCCAGCUCGGCGCUCCCCUGUGCUCGCCCCGGCGCCCACUCAUUCGCAGCCCAGCCUUCGCCGCCGCCGCCUCCCUGCUCCUCCUCCUGCGUGUCUCCCCAGCCCGCCGCGGCCAUGGCGGACAGCGCCAGCGAGAGCGACACGGACGGGGCUGGGGGCAACAGCGGUGGCUCGGCCGCCAUGCAGUCGUCUAGCUCGUCGACCUCGGGCGGCGGCGGUGGCGGCGGAGGAGGCGGCGGCGGUGGGAAGUCGGGGGGCAUUGUCAUCUCGCCGUUCCGCCUGGAGGAGCUCACCAACCGCCUGGCCUCGCUGCAGCAGGAGAACAAGGUGCUCAAGAUCGAGCUGGAGACCUACAAACUCAAGUGCAAGGCGCUGCAGGAGGAGAACCGCGACCUGCGCAAAGCCAGCGUGACCAUCCAAGCCCGGGCUGAGCAGGAAGAAGAAUUCAUAAGUAACACUUUAUUCAAGAAAAUUCAAGCUUUGCAGAAGGAGAAAGAAACCCUUGCUGUAAAUUACGAGAAGGAAGAAGAGUUCCUCACUAAUGAGCUCUCCAGAAAAUUGAUGCAGUUGCAGCAUGAGAAAGCUGAACUAGAACAGCAUCUUGAGCAGGAGCAGGAAUUCCAGGUCAACAAACUGAUGAAGAAAAUUAAAAAACUGGAGAAUGAUACCAUUUCUAAACAGCUUACCUUAGAACAGUUGAGACGGGAGAAGAUUGACCUUGAGAAUACUUUGGAACAAGAACAGGAAGCACUAGUGAACCGUCUCUGGAAGAGGAUGGAUAAACUUGAAGCUGAAAAGCGAAUCCUGCAGGAGAAAUUAGACCAGCCGGUGUCUGCUCCCCCAUCACCUAGAGACAUCUCCAUGGAGAUCGACUCUCCAGAAAACAUGAUGCGACACAUCAGGUUUUUAAAGAAUGAAGUGGAGAGGCUGAAGAAGCAACUGAGAGCUGCCCAGUUACAGCAUUCGGAGAAAAUGGCGCAGUAUUUGGAGGAGGAGCGUCACAUGAGAGAGGAGAACCUGAGGCUGCAGAGGAAGCUGCAGCGGGAGAUGGAGAGAAGAGAGGCCCUCUGUCGGCAGCUCUCCGAGAGCGAGUCCAGCUUAGAGAUGGAUGAUGAGAGGUAUUUUAACGAGAUGUCUGCACAAGGAUUAAGACCUCGCACUGUGUCCAGCCCGAUCCCUUACACACCUUCUCCCAGUUCAAGCCGGCCAAUAUCACCCGGUCUCUCAUAUGCAAGUCACACAGUUGGUUUCACGCCACCAACUUCACUGACACGAGCCGGAAUGUCUUAUUACAAUUCCCCAGGUCUUCAUGUGCAGCAUAUGGGAGCAUCCCAUGGUAUCACAAGGCCUUCACCGCGGAGAAGCAACAGUCCUGACAAAUUCAAGCGGCCCACGCCGCCUCCGUCGCCCAACACACAGACCCCCGUCCAGCCGCCGCCGCCGCCUCCGCCGCCGCCCGUGCAGCCCGCGGUCCCCUCGGCGGCCGCCUCGCAACACUCGGUGCACCCCUCCUCCCAGCCUUAGCGCAUGUGCUUAGUCCAGACCCCACGUGGGGACUCGUUCACACAGUGGAGCCGUCGACUCGCCGCCAAAGGCUUCCUUCCCUGGCAUAUUCGGAUCUGACUUAUUUGCACUGAGGUUAUCUAGGCUUCACUAUUCAUUGUGUUGUAAAUGUGUGUCGGAAACGCAGCCAGUGUUGUGGGUCUACAACACUAAACAGACGACUUUUUUCCAUCGGUGUUCUACUUGAAUCUACAUGUGCGUCCAUUCCCUGGCUGGGACCUCGGCUUUUCGACUCUUUGGUAGUUAAGCAGCAGUGUGCAAUUUUUCGCUUGGCCCCCAGAGCUUUAUUUUCCUGGCUUUUAGGUUUGUAAAAUAAAAAGGGAUCUCUUUUUUAUAUUUUUUUCCAUGAAUUUUCAGAAAAUUACUGAGCUGUUAUUAUUCUUCCCCACCCCCCACUCUAAUGGUGUUUACCAAGCAUACCAAUAAUUCAGCACUACAGUUCAGACCUUUGAAAAUCUAGCUCUCAGUAUAGAACAGAAAGUUAGCUGGAUCAGUGCCCAAGAUCAUGUUUAAUAUAGCCUUCUAGCAGAUACACUUUGUAUGGGGUAUGUUCAGUAUAUCUCAACACCCACAUCUCUUGUAAAGAAGGUCACCUAAAGUAUUGGCUCACAUGGCUGUAUCUUUUCCAUAUACAUGGGAUGGAUAAUUAUUGUGUAUCUAGGUGUGAUUCUGUCUUUAUCCUUGAUGUUAACCUACCCACAUUGGCCCCCUCUCCUGUGAGUUGCUAACUACCCACCAGUGGUUGCGAUGGCUGAUAAGAACCUGCCGUGUGAUUUCUGCUGCCAAAGGCAGUGUGAUUGUAACAAAAACAGCUAUUUUGCCUUUCCAUUCUUUACUUGUGUUCCCCUAAAAUAGAGUUCAAACAGAUAUUUUAAAGGUGCAAAAAUACUAUUAGAAGAUACUAUUUGAAAUGAACAUUAUAGGAAUACCUUGGCAUAAUGGCCACAAAAUACUUUAUCUCUUAGCAGGAAAGAGCUGUAGAGACAAGUAGCACAUUAGCCUUGAGGACUGCUUAUUUUACCCAGUAAAAAUAAGUGCAGUGUUCAAAGAAGUAUAUCCUGAAUGCGUUAUUUUCAUUCAUUCAGCCCAAAUAAAUUGUUUGGUUUCACUUAAAGUGGAACACUAUGAGUCACUCUUUUCUUAACACUUGGAACACCUUUCUUUUGACUUUUCAGCAGUUACUGUUUUGUACUUUGGUAGUAAAGUGAUUUUUACCACCUGUGUUUGCAUAUUUCUAUAUGCUGUGGAUGGAAAUAACUUACUAGAGAAUGUAUAUUUUAUGAUGAGAAUGUGUAUCUGUUGGAUAUAAUCAGAGAACUGAAAAUUAAUUUAUCCGUAAUUUUUAAGAGUCCCUGUUUUGUGACUACCACCUCUCAUAGCUAGCUCUUUACUGAACACACUCCUAAGUAUAAGGAACCAUAACAUUGUAGAUACUUAAUAUUGUACAGUAGAGAAACGUCCAUUUUUUGCCUUCAAAUGCAUAUUUAAGAGUUACAGAAUGAGAAAAAGUCUUGUUGGCUAAUAGUGUUUGACUAGCAUCUUAAGAACUUGAGAGUAAAAGCAACAAUAGGAUUUUUUUUUUCAGCUCUUUCAGUUUCCACCCCCAAACUGAGAGCAUUGCUCCUCAAUUGUUUGAAAGAAAUCAUAAGUCUAUAUAAAUUUUAUUUAUAAUGUGUAAUAUACAUAAUCAUAGUACAGUUCUCAAAUAUGGGGAAGAAGUUUGGCAUUUGAUUAUUGAGGCUUGAGGUUUUUAAUUCAAUCCGACGGGGUCCUGUCUAACCUGGGGAUUUCACCAAUGGCUCACUGUCCCUCCUGACACUUGGCCAUUUUGAGGAAUUCUGAGAGCAGGCAAACAGGUGUUGCCUGCAUGGUACAGUUCUCAGUUUUUCUUAUAGGAGAAAUAUGGUCUAUGUUUACAAGAAUUUUCUACAAGGCUGUAGGUUUCAAUGCUGUUGGAUAGAGGGUCUUGCACUCAAACAAGAGAGAGAGUCUAAAAUGUUAUGAUCUUCCCUCUGCUUGCUAGCAAUUUAGUGAUCUCCUGAAAGCACAAAAGUUGAAGCAUUGUCCUAUGGUGACUGAAAAAGCACUUGGAGGAGCAAACAGUUCUGAUAAAUGCCUUCUAGAGACAGGUUCUUAACUUUCAGAUUUCUAUAGGAAGGUGAUGCCAGUUUCCCUAGACUAGUCAUUUCAUUGCAAAAUAAUACACAGCUCCUUCAAACAGCACUUUUUCACUAUGAAUCUGUUGCCUCUCCCAGUGGACAUUCUGGAUUAAUAGAACAAACACUACUCUUUUGAACUGAUGCCGUUUCGGGUCCUGUUUGAGUGUUUUAUAACCCUGUGGGGAGCCUGUCACCCUUGGGCAGUACCUGCUAGGGCAGCUCCUUGGCAGUUGUGUAACCCCCAAGGACCCCAAAGAUUUCCACCUCAAGCCCAAUCAGAGGCAAAGCCUCCUUGCCCACGGGAAGCUGACAUACCUGGGGCAUGUCUUUUGGGGGCUGAAUGCAGUUUCUGCUAUUCCUGUUGCCCACCCACAACCCUGGACUGACUCCCAGAAGCCUUGGAAGGCAGGUGGGAGCCACAGCAGGUUCAAUAGCGUCGUUUUCCUGUCUCACUGACAGAGACCCUUGGCUAUCACUGUGCUGCUAAUAGAAUAAGUACUUGUCGCCAGAUGACCAUGCCUUUUAUACAAAACCAAAUUACUUUCCCUAACACCUGAUGCCUCUCUGGGCUCUGAACUGCUCUCUGUCAUCCAGCAUGCUGGCAUUCUAGACAGACUUAUAGUGAUGUGGCAGAUGGUGGAAGUAUUUAAGAUUUGAUUUAACUCACUCCUUUGUUCAUUGAAAGGAGUUUGAAAUUUUGAGCUCCUGAGAGCCUGACCACAACCAUGGAAUGAAUGUGUGACCAGAAUGUGGCUUUGACACCAAGUGCUGCUGCUGCCCCUUUGUAAUUGGCUUCUCACUGAUUUGACCAGAAAUAAUGGAUAAUGUGAAUUUUUGUUAACUGUUCAAUUGUAGAAAGAUAGAAUAUGUUAUCGCCCUUUGUUAGGUAGACAUGAACUUUUCCUGCACGAAGCCUUGCUUGUAGAGGAUGCCCUUACAAUAAGGCAAGAAAAAGCAUAGUAAUUUGUGCUUGGAGAGCUCACUAUUUUUAUCUUAUCAAUACAGAAGAAAUAAUUUCUGCAUAACUUGAUUCUUCUAUCUAGUACUUGUAUUAUAGGUAACCAACACUGAUAACUUUGUAGUGAUGACUACCAAAGAAAUGCAUAGUAAAACAACCUUUUAUUUCCAAAUUACAAAAGAGCCAGCCAUUGACGCUGCUAUGUGAGUUCCAUGCUCAAGAGCCAUUGUAAGAGAUUAAGGGGUUUUAGGUUUCGGGGUUUUGUUUUGGUUUUGCAUUUUUGUUGUUGUUAGGUUUUUUUUGUUUUUUUUUUUUUUAGUUUCUUUCCUUUUUCUUUCUUCUCUCUUUCUUUUUUCUUUUUUGGAUAAAACACACACAGCUGUUAGUAUAAAAUUAUAGGGAGCAUGUUCCAGAGUGCUCAGCAGUUGCGGUUAACUGCCAAGCCCUGGUUGCCUCUUGCUAGGCAAUGGAAGGAACCUUCUGUUCAUGAUAGUGUGGAUGAUGUGUGUGUGCAAGUGUGUGUGUGUGCAUUCAUGCCUUAAUUCGGGUUACUGCUCAACUUUAGUUCUUGACCUAGUCUGCACUGUCAUCUAGAUUGUAUUGUACAUCUCGAUCUGAACUUCAUCCUGGCAAAAACAAAGUUGCAGGCACAACAGUUUGAGAAUGCAUUCUUCCAGCAGAGUGUUGGAUCAGGUUGACCCUGAGCCUUCUUUGGACUUUAUUUGGAGCUAGGCAUGGAAAGCAAAAGUGGACUGUCCUGAGGAAAGGCAUCAACAAGGAGGAGAAGAGAGCCAAGUGCUAGCAUGUCUUUGGCCUCUGCGUAUCUGUGCACACUGUAUGUCGUUCAUAAUAGCUUGUCUACAACUUGACUAGGUUGGAGUUCUGCUAAUAGUGGCAAUCUUGACAUUUCUUGGUCAGAAUUUAGAGAGAUGUAAGACUUCCAAUUAAUGUCUUAUUUACUUCUUUAUGUUGAUUAGCCUUUGAUACAUGUGCUGAAUCAGAAACCUAAAUAAAGAUAAUUUUUUAAAAUGAA